AUGGCAGCCAAGCAAAAAUUGCUGAACUUCAGCCUUUCGCUAUCUAUAUCCAUUGUGGUUUGUGGUGCACAUUGUGGUAAUUUAGCAGCUCAAGCAGCCUUGGGCACUGACUCAACUAGGGAUCUUUGCACAGCAAUGGACACUCUUCAAGAAUUGAGCAAUUUUUUCAAUCAAUCUGGCAAGCUCAAGUCCAAGAUAUUAGACUUGCAUCUGGAACAUCCAGAAUAUACUGCAUCUCCACUCUCACUUGGUAAACACUGUGCAACAAGAUGGUUAACUCGAGUUGCAGCCGUCUUUGCACUUAAAGAGCAGUACCAAACCACUUUGCAUGCCUUAGAAGACCUUGCCGAAUCAGAUGCAAAGCAAAAAAUUACAGAAUGGAACCAUGAUCUUUUAAGCCCAGAAAAUCUACAGGUUUAUGCCAAUGCCAUCCAUGAAAAAGGAGCACCUUACAAAAAUUGCUUUGGCUUUAUUGAUGGAACGGUCAGACCAAUUUCACGGCCAACAAAACAUCAGCGAAUUGUUUACAAUGGCCAUAAAAGAGUUCACUCUUUGAAGUUCCAGGGUGUGGCAUUGCCAAAUGGUUUGAUUGCACAUAUUUUUGGUCCAGUUGAAGGAAAAAAACAUGAUGCUGGUAUGCUGGCUGACUCAAACUUCCUUCAAGACCUGGAACAAAAUGCUUUUUCUGUGGAUGGGAGACCAUUAUGCAUAUAUGGGGAUCCAGCUUAUCCACAGAGGAUUCAUCUACAAGCUCCUUUUCAGCAUGGGGUAAUCACAGACAGAAUGAAAGAAUUCAACAAGCAAAUGAGUUCAGUUAGAGUGUCUGUGGAAUGGUUAUUUGGAGAUGUGAUCAACUCAUUCCGGUUCAUGGACUUCAAAAAAACCCUCAAAAUAGGUCUAAGUAGUGUUGGGAAAGCAUAUAUUGUCUGUGCAUUGUUAAGAAAUUCACUGACUUGCAUGUAUGGAAAUAUAACAUCCAAGUUUUUUCAGUUAGAUCCUCCAACCUUGGAGAAUUACUUUAUAACUAAUUAAUGAAUGCCAAAAUGACUCAUUAUUAAACACACAAACAAUUAGCAAGUAUGUAACUUGUUAUGUAAAUACUGACAAGUGUAAGUGAGAAAGUUAUUAUAAUUCAAAUAACAAAA